UUCUCGAACAUUUGCGAAAUCUGCAGAUAUGUCCGCGCUUUUUAUUAUGUUCAAGAUUCAUGUUCACGCCCAGACCUGAUUGUAUUGCGAGAAUACAUGAGCGUGUUGUCUCUUUGACUGUUCGGAAUUCAUGCUGUCAUAAUGACGCGUGACAUAGAAGUGGGAGAUGAGCUACCCGAUUGGGUAGGGGCUAAGGAGUUCUAUCAAAAGUAUGAUCCCAAAGAAGUUAUUGGCAGAGGCGUAAGUAGCGUGGUGCGCCGAUGUGUUCACAAACAGACAGGUCAAGAGCUCGCGGUGAAGAUCAUAGAAAUAACCGCAGAGAAGAUGACAGAACAACAGUUAGAGGAAGUGAAAAGCUCCACUUUAAAAGAGAUCCAGGUCCUCAAUAUGGUGAAGGGACACCCGUCUAUCAUCACACUCGUUGAUUCUUACGAGUCUACAACCUUCAUAUUUUUAGUAUUUGAUCUCAUGAGAAGAGGAGAACUUUUUGAUUAUUUAACGGAGAAAGUCACUCUUGGCGAGAAGGAGACCAGGAGUAUAAUGCGAGCGCUGCUGGAAGCCGUCCAGUAUCUCCAUUCUCUCAGCAUCGUUCACCGGGACCUGAAACCAGAGAACAUCCUGCUGGACGACCAGGGCCACAUCAAACUCUCCGACUUCGGUUUCUCCGUCCAGCUGGAGCCUGGAGAGAAGCUGAGGGAGCUGUGUGGAACUCCAGGUUACCUAGCACCGGAGAUUCUCAAAUGUUCCAUGGACGAGACGCACGAGGGAUAUGGGAGAGAGGUGGACCUGUGGGCGUGUGGCGUGAUUCUGUUUACCCUGUUAGCUGGAUCUCCACCCUUCUGGCAUCGCAAACAGCUCCUGAUGCUCCGCAUGAUUAUGGAGGGUCGGUACCAGUUCAGUUCUCCAGAGUGGGACGACAGGUCCAGCACCGUGAAAGACCUGAUUUGCGGGCUGUUGGAGCUGGAGCCGGCGAAGCGUCUGACGGCUGAACAGGCCUUGGCUCAUCCCUUCUUCUGCCAGUACCAGAGGGAGAAGGUUCGCCUCUUCAGCCCCAGAAAGACCUUCAGAGUCAUGAUCUGGACCGUGCUGGGCUGUAUUCGCAUACAGUGCCGGUACCACAGGGCACGACCCUUGACCCGUGAGCUCCUGGCCAGGGACCCUUACUCGUUGCGCGGUGUGCGUAAGCUGAUUGACGGCUGCGCUUUCCGGAUAUACGGACACUGGGUGAAGAAAGGGGAACAGCAGAACCGAGCGGCCCUCUUCCAAAACACCACGAAAGUUUUUCUUCUGGGUCUGGAAGAGUUUGACAAUUAAGAGUUGUAA